AGUGCAGCAGUGGGGGCCCCUACAUAUUUCCAGAAAUCUCUAUCCACACUGGCAAUUGUCUGCCUCCGUUGCUUCCAGUGACCAUCUGAGGAGCUUCUAGCUUUAAAGGAGUUGGCACAAUGGCCAGUUGCAAUAGUCUUUUGUGGCUUUUUACCUCUCUCUGGACCACAGCGUUCCUGGUGCAAGGCUCUCUCCGAAAAGAAGAUAUUUCCAUUACAGUGCAAUGCAGAAUCAUGGGAGUCACCCUUGUAACAACUAAAUCUCAACUAAAUCUCGCAGAAGCCAAGGAGGCCUGUAGUCUGUUGGGACUAACUCUGGCCAGCAAAGACCAGAUUGAAACAGCAAGAGAGUCUGGACUUGAGACUUGUAGCUAUGGAUGGGUUGACAAUGUGGUCCUGGUCGUCCCUCGAAUUACCAAAAACCCCAAGUGUGGCAAGAAUGGGAUCGGUGUCAUAACCUGGGCCAAUCCACCCAGCAAGAGGUCCGGUGCCUACUGUUACAAUUCAUCCGAUACGUGGAUUAACUCAUGUAUUCCAGAUAGUACCCCCACUGAAGAACCUAUACUCAGCACUCAGGCUGCAACCUACACAACAGAAAUGCCUAUCAGUGACAGCACAUACUCAGCAUCAUCUACUGAUGCACCUGAGUCUAAUUCAUCUGCUUUGAUACCAACUCCUCCUCCUACUUCUGUUAUGGCUUCUACCUCUACUUCAAAGAAAAUAAAAUUAAUUUGUGUAACAGAAGUUCUCAUGGAAACAAGCACCUUGAUGACCCCUACAGAAACAGAAUUAUUUGUUGAAAAUCAAGUUGCAUUCAAGAAUGAAACCGUUGGGUUUGGAGGUGUCCCCACAGCUCUGUUGGUGCUCGCGCUCCUCUUCUUUGCUGCCGCAGCUGGUCUGGCAGUUUGCUACGUCAAAAGGUAUGCAAAGGCCUUCCCCUUCACAAACAAGAAUCAGCAGAAGGAAAUGAUUGAAACCAAAGUAGUGAAGGAGGAGAUGAUGGAUGAUUGCAACUCUAAUGAGGAAUCAAAAAAAUUUGAUAGAAAACCAGAUGAUCCCAAAAGUGCACCCAAAACAACAGUGCGAUGCCUGGAAGCUGAAGUUUAGGUGAAAAAGAAGUGUGAGGGCACAUCUGAGGCUGACUUCUUUCCUGAUACACAUACUGGCCCCAGAUGGGAAAACAAAACAGGGCCAAAGAACCAAACAAGAAAGACCAGUCUUGGUUCCUAACUGGAAUCAACUCCGGACCAAGCUGUUCACCAAAAGGAAGUCCUUCCUCCCAUCCUUGAUGAAUUCUUUUCUCCUCCCUCCAAAGCUUCCUGCAGUCCUAGCUUCCUUAUGAACUGAAAUCCCAGUGGAGAAAGAACUUUCCUACCUUGCAAAGCUUAAGGACCAAUAGAAGCUCAUUAGAACUCACAAUAUAAAGAGAACUUCCUUUCUUUUUUUUUUUUUUAUUAGUGAAACACCAUGAGGUACAGUUGUAGAUUUACAAAUUUUUGUGCUUGGAUCUCGGUCAUACCACGAUCAAAUACCCAUCCCUCCACCAGUGCCCAUUUUCCACCACCAGGAUAAUAUCCCUCCCCCCCCCAUCCUCCCAUCCCCCCCAUCCCCCCCUGCCACUGUGGCAGGGCAUUCCCUUUUGUUUUCUCUCUCCUCCUGGGUGUUGUGAUCAGCCAAAGAGGCAUUGAGUGGCGAACAUGUUCAGUCCAGUCUACUUUCAACCUGCAUCUCCCCUCCUGGGAGGAUCCUCCAAACACCCUCCACUUGGUGUUCCCCUUUCUAUCUGAAUUGUCCUUUCCCCUAGAAUAUCUAGGAGAACUUCCUUUCUGACUGAGAAAAUGAAGUACUAAAAACCAAGAAGCCACCAGAACCAAGGCUUUCUCCCCAGCACAGAAUCUUUCUCCAGCUCUGUAAAGGAAACUCUUAUACCAACUGACAUGUUUUUCUAAGCCAGGCAGGAGCAAAAUAAUAAUAAUAAUAUUAAUAAUAAUAACAGAAAAAAGAAGGAAAAAAUAUUUUGCAACUGAAAGCUUUGAAAUUCCGUAACUUGAGACCUAAUUUCUGUGAAACAAAAAUAAAUAGAAAAAAAUAAUGCAAUCAAAGAUAUUGGCAGCAUAUUGGUAACAGAGACUUAAAUAUAGACACAUCCAAAGUGUUAAUCAAUGAAUAGUUUGAGUUGGAGUCAUGAUUUAGAACUUAACAUGCUUUUACUCCUCCUCCUGCUCCUUUUCUCUAAAGAAUUUACUUUAAAAAGAUAUCCAAUGUUGUCUUAUAGAUUUCUAUUUUUGUCUGAGUUACAGAAUUAUUAGUGAGAAAAAGUACUGUCCAAGAAUCCAUUAAGUUUGGGCCUGGAGCAAUAGCACAGCGGGUAGGGCAUUUGCCUUGCAUGUAGCCAACCCGGAUUCAAUUCCCAGCAUCCCAUAUGGUCCCCUGAGCACCGCCAGGAGUAAUUCCUGAGUGAAGAGCCAGUAGUAACCCCUGUGCAUCGCUGGGUGUGACCCAAAAAGAAAAAAAAAGAAUCCAUUAAAUUUAACAAAUAUUUGCCAAAUACCUACUAUGUGUCAGCCCUGUGCUAAGUAUUGCAUCCUAUAAUUGAAUCUUAUUAAAAAUGCAUAUAAUAGAAUUUUGUACAAAGUUAAUUUUUAAAAUUUUUUUAUAUCUUUCACUUAUCUACUUUUAAAACUAAUAAUUUUUUGUUGCUGAGACUAAUCUUUUUAUUAUUUUCCCUAAUAUGACAACCACUCUUAUAACCUUAAUUUAUUAUUAACAUACAUAAAAGUACAUUAUUACCUCUGUACACAAAGCACAAUUUUUUAAUGUCAUUAUGAAAUGUUUCACUAGCUCUCCUUUUUCUAGCAAGAAGAGUCUGAAAAGAGCAGAAAUAUUUGUGUUGAGAAAAUAAAAGCAUUUAGAACA